UCGAUUUCUUUUGCUUCUCUUUCUACCAUCACACUCACUACACACUAUGGCGUCGUCUUCAAGAACACUGCGAGCCUCAUGGCUUCGCAACACUCAAUUACAAUCACGAUCAUGGACACGCUACAACUCCUCCUUCGCCCACCUCCAACAAGACCUCCCCAAACGAGCCAUUCAACCCACAUUCGAAGACCUCUCACCACAAUCAAGUUACCGCCUCGACAUGACCCUCGCCGACUUCCUCCCCAAAACAAACCCACCCCCAGUCCUCCCUCCAACCCAACUCGCCAAAGAACUUCCGAUACCCCACCACCUCCUCUACUUCGAACCCUCCAAACGCCAAUCCGACAUGCUCCCCGACGGCACCAACCCGGACCAAAGCCCCGGCCAACCCUUCGAACGCCGCAUGUGGGCCGGCGGCCGCGUCCUCUACAACCAAAACAACCCCCUCCUCCUCGACGGCUCCCGCGGCGUCUGUCAAGAAUUCAUCCGCCGCGUCGACAUCAAAGGCACCGAAGGCCAAGAAAAGAUCUUCGUCGCCAUCGAACGUCGCCUCGCAAAAGCCAGCCCAGACGAAGUCUCUCGCCUCGCAGCUGCAAUGAACGAUACAAAAGCAAAAGAAGACCUCAACCACCGCGUCCGCCAACGUCUGUGGAGAGACAGCGAAGAAGACUUCGGCGAAUGUUCAAUCCUCGAAACUCGAAACAUAGUCUUCAUGCGAGGCCGAACACCCUCACAAGCAAAAUCCGACGCCUCAAAAAAACCCGGCACCAAAAUCCUCAAACCCGAACAUAAACCAGAUUACACCCACACAAUCCUCCCCGACCCAAAACUCCUCUUCCGCUUCAGCGCCCUAACAUUCAACGCCCACGCCAUCCACUUAGACCCACAAUACUCUCGAGAAAUCGAAGGCCAUCGAAAUCUCUUAUUCCACGGUCCCAUGAGUUUCACAUUUUUGGUCACAUUAUUACAGCAGAGAUUAGCGCAAGAGGGGAAUGAAGUGAUUAAAUCGGUGGAAUAUAGGAAUGUUGCACCGUUGUAUUGUAAUGAAGAAGUGAAAUUUGCGGGGAAGAAAUUGGAUAGUGGGAAGUGGGAGAUUUGGGCGGAGACGCCUGAGGGGGGGAUUGCGGUUAAGGGGAAGGUGGUGACGGAGAAGGGGAAUGUGGAUAAGAGUGAGUUGGGGAGGUGAGAUGAGAUUGAGGAGGAGGUGGAGUUGGAGUGGUUGAUGAGGAAUGAGGAUGUGUAUAGUUUGAGGGCGAGGAGGUGAAAAGUGGAAGGUGAAGCGAUACAGGAUGUACAGCAGCGUACAGGAUGAUCAAUGAUGAUACAUGAAACAAUGAUCUAAACAAUUCCA